AUGCAGUUAGAGAGCAUCCUUCCUAGCGCCAGCAUCAACUUGCCUAAGACGUUUUAUAACCUCUCGUCGUCAGACAGCGCCAACAACAGCCCGGGGCCGUCGCAGAUUGAAUAUCAAGAGGUCGACCUUGCGGAGUCCGAGUCCGGCAGCGCUCCUAAGAAAUACCUGGGCGGAGUGGGAGAUGAUCUUAUGAUGGGGGAAGGAGAGGGAGACUCUUUCACUGGGACUAAAACGGCCCCGGACGGGAGAAAGGACUCGCCGGUUCUCGGUGAGGACGACCUGACAAGUGGCCGGCGGUACAGCAUAGACGAGCUGGGCUCUGACAGAUAUUUCAUCUCGUCGUCCCAGGCCACAGGCGACAUGGCGAGCCCGUGCUCCCUCUUUCCUUACGCGGGACAGGCCGGUUCGGUUUACAGCGGCUCCAACGGGUCCAGAUAUUCUGCCCCGCUCCAUUACGGAUCUGUCCUGCCCCCCACAGGCUUCUCCACCUCCGUGUGCACCAGCCGGAGCCAGUUCGGCAGCGGAGGGUACCAGUUCGGCCAAGGUCCAGGCUGCCUCUACCCGUCCUAUCCCGGGACCGGGUCGACUAUUGGCUCCAUGUCUCUUCCGGGGUCUGCUGCGGGGGCCCGGGCUCAGGUUUAUCUGUGCAACCGGCCCCUGUGGCUCAAGUUUCACCGGCACCAAACGGAGAUGAUCAUCACCAAGCAGGGCAGGCGGAUGUUCCCGUUUCUCAGUUUCAACAUCACCGGCCUCAACCUGACAGCCCACUACAACGUGUUCGUGGAGGUGGUGCUGGCGGAUCCGAAUCACUGGCGGUUUCAAGGAGGGAAGUGGGUCACAUGUGGGAAAGCUGACAACAACAUGCAAGGCAACAAAAUGUAUGUUCAUCCUGAGUCUCCAAACACCGGUGCCCACUGGAUGAGACAGGAGAUCUCUUUUGGCAAACUCAAGCUGACGAACAACAAAGGGGCCAACAACAACAACACACAGAUGAUUGUCCUGCAGUCUCUGCACAAAUACCAGCCCCGGCUGCACAUUGUGGAGGUGACGGAGGACGGGGUGGAGGACAUGAGUAACGAGGCCAAGACCCAAACCUUCACCUUCCCAGAGAACCAGUUCAUCGCCGUCACGGCUUACCAGAACACAGACAUCACACAGCUGAAGAUAGAUCACAACCCGUUUGCAAAAGGCUUCAGGGAUAAUUAUGACUCGAUGUACACAGCCCCAGAGAGUGACCGGCUAACCCCUUCCCCGACAGACUCCCCGCGCUCCCACCAGAUUGUCCCCGGGGCCCGCUAUGCCAUGCAGCCUUUCUUUCAGGACCAGUUCGUCAACAACUUGCCUCAGAACCGCUUCUAUGCCAGUGAGCGGGCUGUCCCCCAGACCAACAGCCUCCUGUCUCCACAGUGCGAGGACGCCGGCACGGCCGCCGCCUCCGCCCAGCGCUGGUUUGUCACGCCGGUCCAGCAGGCGGCCUCCAACAAGCUGGACCUGCCGUACGAAAACGACUACUCCACCAGCAGCCUACUGUCAUACGGCAUCAAGCCCCUGCCACUGCAGACCUCCCACGCCCUUGGCUACUACCCCGACUCGGCCUUCGCGUCCAUGGCCGCUGGCUGGGGCACCAGGAGCACUUACCAGCGCAAGAUGCCUACAGGCCUGCCUUGGUCGCCCCGACCCAGCCCCCCGGCCUUCCCGGAGGACCAGCUGGGUGCCACUAAGGACAAGCUGCCUGAGGAGAGCACCCCACUACCGUCCACCUGGAUCGAAACGUCCCAUUCUCUGAAAUCCGUGGACUCUACUGACUCCGGCGUGUACUCCAUGGUCUGCAAGAGGCGCAGGAUGUCCCCCGGGGGGUCGAGCACGGACAACUCCCCGACCAUCAAGUGUGAGGACUUGACCACUGAGGAGUACAACAAGGACAACCCUAAAGGCAUGGGUUAUUAUGCAUUCUAUACAAGCCCCUAG